UGCCACUUGCCAUUUAUAAAAAGUAAUAAUAAGUUACGUGUAAUGUGUAUGCCGAUUGCAAUGUCACUGUCAAGUAAUGCGAUAAUUUAGUCAUUAUUAUUUUUUAAUUUUUCUGUGCUUUCUCAAAUUAUAAUUAAAACAUGUUUAUUACGCCUCUUCUAUUUACUAUAAUAGUCGCUUUAAUUAGUGGUAUUUAUUCGAAAAGUGUAGAACUUACAUUUGAAUUACCCGAUAGUGCCGUGGAAUGUUUUUACCAAGAAAUUGAUCAAAAUACUUCUGCCACGCUAGAAUAUCAGGUUAUAACUGGAGGCCAGUAUGAUGUGGAUGUGAAAAUUGAAGGACCCAAUAAACAAAUUAUAUAUCAACAGCAAAAAAUGCAAUAUGAUUCCCAUAAAUUCACAGCACAGCAAACAGGAGUGUAUAAAGCUUGCUUCAGUAAUGAAUUUAGUACUUUUUCACAUAAACUUGUUUACAUGGAGUUCAAUGUUGGUCCUGAAGAACCACUCCCAGGAAUUGGUGAACAUGCAACAGUUUUAACUCAGCUGGAAACCUCGGCAGAAGAAAUUCAUUCUGCUCUCAAUAAAAUUAUUGACCAACAAACACACCACAGGCUAAGAGAGGCUCAGGGUCGUAAACGAGCUGAAGAUCUCAAUGAGAGAGUUUUUUGGUGGUCCAUGGGUGAAACCCUUGCAAUUAUGUGUGUCGCACUUGCACAAGUUAUGGUCUUGAAGAACUUCUUUAGUGAUCGACCAAGUUUAUACAAUAUGAAAUGAUAUUGUAACAAUUAAUUAGUAUAAUGUAUUAAUAUUAAUAUAUUUCAUGGGCUAA